CUAAAUGCGUGACUCCCUUUUUCAGAAGUCUAGAAGAAUGAUGCCUCUGAUACCUUUAUCUAUGCCAACCCUCCAAGCCCCGACGUCCUGUAUCCGCCUCGACCACCUAUCAUUAUCUAACUCCGUCUAACCACCCACCACCAAGCAGACCUCAAGCCACAAUGACCACAACAACACCCGCCUCCCUAAUCGCGUCCUUGGAAUCCCACCUCGCGCCAACCCUAGUCUUCACUUCCCCACCUACAUCACCCAGUCAACCAUCCCUCCAUCUAAUCCCCCCGGCUACCCUCACCAGACUACGCAACCUGGGCCCCGGCCGCGUAAAAGACAUGCGUGCGCUCGGCCACUCGAAACAAAUCAUCAGUCACAUUCCCAUUGCAGCCGCACCGCCGAUCUGCAGCAAGAUCAACGACACCAUGCAUUCGGCGGUCAUUAUGAACGGGGAGAAGGUCGCUGCGUUGAGUAUGUUGCCUACCGAGGGCAAGGAGGCGGCUAAAGAAUUGGCGAGGUGUGUAGGUAAGAUGAAGUUUAUGGGCGGUUGCAUUGGGAUGAGUCGGAAUAUCAAGUUGGAAGAGGUGGAGUGGGAGGAACUUUGGGAUGUGGCGGAGAGGUAUCGAGUGCCCGUUUUGCUGAGGGAGACGUGGCCGGUGGGAUCGGAGAUACCAGAUUACCAACACGGUUUCCCUUCUUCGGUGUACGCGCCGCUCCUGACACACAUUCACUCGUCGAAAACUACGUCUCCUCUCCCGCUGUUACACCUCUACCUCAGCUGCGUCUUCGACCGCCACCCUGCUCUCCGUCUCAUACUCGCGCACCCCGGCGCGCUACCCUCCCUUAUUCCACGCAUCGAGACGCUCCUCACUACUAUCCCCUCCGCUGAUAAACCGAAGCGAGGUUUCCUAGACGUCUGGCAACACAACAUCUACCUCACAACGGCGGACGCACAAGACAUGUCGAGUCUGAGAGCGCUGCUCGAACGGAUACCCGUAGAUAGGGUGUUGUAUGCAAGUAACUACCCGCUUGAAGAACGAGGGAAAGAGUUGAUGGAGGAACUCAGGGAUAGUGGGUUCUUGACACAGGUAGAAUGGGAUAGAGUUGCCUGGGGGAACGCAGAGACAGUAUUUAAUCUGAAAGGAGCGAGUACGAAGACAGGGAGGAGAUAGUCUGUGUGUGGAAGAUGGGACAACCUAAAUUGCAGGUAGCGCGAACGUAGAGAACAGUCACCUGGCAUACGCAAAGGUCAUUGAUAGCUCAUUCCUGUGCAUUCAUGGUAUGUGUAUAUGAACGCCCUGCCAAGUCAUGACUCUCAGCCUGUGGUAUCUUUCAUGUCAAAUCGUCGUCGUGCCGCACUGCCGUUUCUCGUCGCUCGAUCGCUUGCUCCUGGGUAUGUCGGGCGCUUAUUUCUUGCCGGACUUCUUGAUGCCUUGAGAGCCAGU